CACCUAUAUAAUGUAUGACAGUGUCCCCCCCUGGAGUAUGUUAAUCAUAUAUAUUAUAAUUCUCUUGAUAAUAACUUGUUAAUAAUAACUUGAGUUUUCUGCCGGAAAUGUUAAGUUGAGCCUGCUCCGCCGUUUCAUGUGUAUUUUUCAGUAAUUCGUGUCGUGUGUGUUUACGAGAUAGUGACUUUUAUUACUCCGAGAUUUGACUCAAAUUGUGUUCACAUAUUUUGUAUAUUAUAUUUUUUAUUUUGUGUGCUACGAUGGAGAGAAAAACUAACUUAUAUAAAAAAUGUGAGGUUUGUGGCAUACGAAGGUACCCAAAAUCAAACAUAUUUAUGGCUCACUUUCCACUUGAUCCACACCGAUGUCGACUUUGGGUUCAAUCUAUUGGUGUCGAGGAUCUAGCAUACCUACCUAUAGCAAAACUACAUCAACUGAAAUAUGUUUGUGGUUCGCACUUCCAUCCAUAUUUUUUUAAUAAAAAAGGCAAUCGUUUGAUACAAUCUGCCAUACCAACAUUAAAUUUGCUGAAUCCACCUCUUACAAAUGAAAUUAUGGAAAAUUUUCCUAUAUGUAUGAAGAAAAAUCUAGUUCCAAAAGCAGGGGCUUGUAAGGAGCAUAGUUCAAAAAAUAAUAAAAAAUGCAAGAUAUCUAAGAGUGACAUCCAAUUGCAAGAUCUUCUUAAGAAGUGCACUGAUACAAUCAGGGCGAAAUAUAAUUUAGGCCCAGCCACUGGUUCGUGUGAUAAGGGAAAUGUUCAAGUACCAAGAAAUAAAUCUGUUGGACAAAGCAAUAAGGAAGGUAAUCUCUGCAAUAAGCCAGCUGUUGCAGAACUGAGCAGUAAUGAAACUGUUCACACAGAAGUUGGUAAUGAAGCGAAUUUCACACAGGCCAGCCCUAAGGACAGUGUACUUUCGAAUGCCGAUAGUGUUAUGUGUGAUGGACUAGCGGGUGAAGAUGUAAGCUUGUAUUCUGAUGGACAGCUGUACUCCUGGCAGGAACCCGGUGAAAUUUUGCAAACAGAAGCAGAUGAAAUGAACUCGAUCGCGGACGAUUUAUCCGUGUAUUGUGACAACGGAAAAUCGACAACGUUGCACAGAGACAUUGAAUGUGAAGAUAAUUCAAUGGUAUACGAAGAGUUCCGGUGUAAUGCGUGCAACGGUGCAAUAAUCGGGUUCCGCUACACGUGCGUGCAGUGCAGCGACUUGGACCUGUGCGGCGCGUGCGAGGCCGCCAGAGCGCACCACCAACACUACGUGCUACGAAUACCCGCGCCUAAGCCGAUAGCCGAGGUCCAGCUAGUCCUGGCCACGAUACGGCGGCAUCUCAUGAAGAAAAUGGAUCCUAUCACUCAACACGAUCAGGAUUUGGACGAUGUCGUUAGUAUUAAAUCUGAGGUAAAAUCGGAAAAGGAAGAUCAUAAUGAUGAUCUGGAAGAUGAUGAAGAAUCGAAUAAAAAACAUCGCGUAGAUAUUGCAUUAGGUGAUUCCGACGUGCCUACCUCGUCAGAAGAUCCUGAACUAGAUGUUGAAGAAUGCAGUCAAAAUAUCGGCGUUAAGGAAAAAACAGAAAAUAAACAUCGCAUCAAGCAGUAUAAACGCAAGACGAACGACACAGAGCCUCCUUCUAACAAGAAAACAAUAAAAAAGCGGGUGGACAUUACUGACUCUAAGGAUGUCCAACCAUUGGUAAAGAAAAUACGUUUACUAUUUUCGCCAAAUAAGGAAUUAGAAAUAGAAGUUGAAGAUAUGCAGUUACAUGGAAAAGAUGUAGACUCGCAACGUCAAAUUAAAAUUGCAGGUGCAUUGGCAAAAGUAAAAGUUGCAGGCGUCUUGCCAAAGAUAAAAGUUGUAGGCGACAUGCCAAAAAUUAAAGUUGCCGACGUUUUACCAAGAACAAGAAUUGCGGGCGAUUUAGCAAGAAUUAAAGAUACUGGCGACUUGUCAAGAACCAAAGUUAUAAGUGAAUUAGCAAAACGCAAAGGGGACGUUUUGCCAUUAAAAAUAACUGCAGCCGACUUGCGAAAAUUAGAAGAUGCCGGCAAUUAUUUCAGAACCAAAGUUUUAGAUCACUUGCCAAAAAACAAAUUUCCCGAUGAAUUGACAAAAAUAAAAGUUGCACCGAACUUGCAAACGAUAAAUGAAGCCAACGCAAAAACAAUUACCAGUGUACCAGACGUUCCGUCUAAAGUUUCUGAAGCCCCAAAUGUACGAACCAAUGUUAUUGACGUCAAGCCAAAACUAAUUUUUAUACGUAGAAAGCGUCAAAUCAUAAUGGCAAACGCACAAACACGAAGCAAAGUUUCCGAUCUUCAGUCAGGGAACAAAGUUGAAUGCCUCACACCACGAACCAAAGUUGUGGUUACGCCACCGUCGGCCAGAUUUGCGGUCACGCAACCAAAAACAAAUGAAGCGACCAUGUCGCGAGAAAUUACAGUUGCAGACGGACCGUCACAAAUGGAAGCUUCAGACGAAAAACAUGAGUUCAUAUUACCAGACGUAAAGUUCGACAAAUCUGAAUGUUCUGUCAGGCUACAGAGAUUGUCACCAGAAAUCUUCGGAAAAGCUUUAUCAAAACCGUUGAAGACGACGUGGGAUGCAAACAAACGAAGCUGACAAGAUACUAACCCAGCAGGCAAAGUCGAGACGUCCGCGACAUGCUUUGUCAGUGUCGGCGCAGACGCAGGCUCCGAGCGGCAACUUGUGGGACAGUGGCGAUGAAGACAGCAGAUGACACGCGCACGAUGUGUUACAGCUGGGAUGAAUUUUAAUGGUAGUGAUCGUGCAUUAGUUGGGACAUAUACAAUGUAAUAAAAAAACCCUCAGGUGAAGAGACAAUUUAAAUAAAUAAAUAUUAUUAUUA